AUCGCGGAGCAAGCAGCUGCGAGGCCCGAGAAGCACAUCCUGGGAAGGAAGAUGCGUUGCGGAUCCCUGUGCCGAUUCCUGUGGCUUUGGUCCUGUCUGUCCUAUAUUGAAGCCGUGCCCAUCCAAAAAGUUCAGGAUGACACCAAAACCCUCAUCAGGACGAUUAUCGCCAGGAUCAAUGACAUUUCACAACCGGAGGGUGUCUGCUCCAGACCAAGGGUUGCUGGUCUAGACUUCAUUCCUGGGCUCCAGUCGGUCCGGACUCUGUCCGGGAUGAACCAGAUGUUGGCCAUCUACCAACAGAUCCUCACCAGUCUGCAUUCCAGAAGUGUGGUCCAAAUAGCUAAUGACCUGGCGAACCUCCGGGACCUUCUCCACCUGCUGGCCUCCGCCAAGAGCUGCCCCUUGCCCCGGGCCAGGGGCCUGGAGAACAUCAAGAGCCUGCGCGAUGUCCUAAAAGCCUCAGUGCACUCCGCAGAGGUGGUGGCCCUGAGCAGGCUGCGGGCAGCCCUCCAGGGCAUGCUUCGACAGCUGGACCGCAACCCUGGGUGCUGAGGCCUCAAAGGGCUCUCUUCCCAAAGUCGAGGAGAGAGCCCUGGGCUUCUGGGUGUCUCCAGGAGAGAGCCCGUGUGGGUGUCCUUUAUCCGGACCCCGGUCCAUUUCUCUCUCACACCUCGGCACCACUCUUCCAAAGGCAUAAGCCGCCAAGGCAUGAAACCAAA